AUAGCAGGAUCAAACCUAAAUUGCCAGAUCCCACUUACUGGGAAACCUGCGCCAAAAUAUCUCUGUCGAAGGACGACGUGGUGUUGAAGUCAACGAUGAGAUUCAACUCUGAAGUCACUCCUGAACAUCUUAUCAUCAGUCUUCGUGAGAGCACUGCUACCGAUUCAGGACGGUACGACAUAUGUGCCUCCAACACCAGCGGAGCCUGCAGGUCUUUUGUGACCAUCGUGGUUCUGGACAGACCCAGCGCCCCAGUUGGUCCUAUUGGAAUGUCUGAGGUGGACAGUGUGAGUCUGGCGUGGCUUCCUCCUCGGUAUGACGGCGGAAGCCCCGUCACAAACUACAUUGUAACCAAACGAGAAACGACAAACGCCGACUGGACCCAAGUCUCCUCGGUCGUUGCGAAAUGCACAAUGAAAGUCAUGAAGCUCAUAACAGGACGGGAUUACCAGUUCAGAAUCAGGGCUGAAAAUCGCUACGGCAUCAGUGAGAGCAUCGACUCUGCAGCCGUCAGAGUGGAUCUCAACUACACCGUCCCUGAAUCUCCGUCACCCCCUAUCGUUACGUCUGUAACCAGAGAAAGCGUCACUGUGGCCUGGACGGAGCCGAACUGGAACGGAGGAAGACCGGUCGUCGGAUACCAUCUUCAGAUGAAGGACAAGAACAGCAUCCUGUGGCAGACGGUGAACAAAACCGUUAUCCGUGCCACACACUUCAAAGUGACGAACGUCAUCGUUGCUGGUCUCAUCUAUGAGUUCAAGGUGGUAGCGGAAAACGCAGCUGGAUGCAGUCCCCUUAGCAAGAUCUCAGACGCUGUACUGGCAAUUGAUGCUUGUGAGCCUCCGACCAACGUGCGGAUCACUCACAUCAGAAAGUCCUCCAUCAGACUUGAAUGGCUGAAGCCGACUUACGAUGGUGGUAGCAAGGUAACGGGAUACCUGGUUGAGAAGAAAGAGGGAGAAAGUGACAGGUGGACGCAGGCCAACCUCACCAACGUGUCUGACACCCACUAUACUGUGACCGAGCUGAAGGAGUGUGUGCUUUACGAAUUCAGAGUCGUGGCCAAGAAUGCAGCGGGAUCAGUCAGUAAUCCGUCCGUCGCUGCCGGCCCGGUGAUGUGUGUGGACACGGACGCUUACGAAGAAGAUUAGAUGGGUUUUAUCUGAUUUUUUUUUAAUUGUCAGAGGCUUUGCUAGUAUUGUUGUGAAAAGUGGUCGAAGUCGUUAAAUUUGCAUUUGUUUUUUUUUUUCUUUAAAAGUUUUUCAUUGAUGUGGUUACUGAAAUAGCUAUUUGUUUUGAUUUGGUCGACGAUAUUUCUGUUCUGAUAGCUGAUUUUAAUAGCAGAGAAGAUUUGAUAUGCUUCAACCAUUGUAUGACUUGUUGGGAAAAAGGUAAAAAUGGUUGAUUUGUGGUGUGCGUAAAUCACAGUGUUAACAGUGGAUGGAAUGUCAUCACUUGUUUAUUUAGAGUGUGAGUUUUACAAUGUUGAAGAAAUCCCAUGGAAACAUAUUGUCAGCCGUGUGGACUGUUUGCACGUUUUUUUUUUUACAUUUGAUUGGUAUUAUUAUAUUUAACAGUUUAAGAGAAGAAAUCGAAAAACAGACGUGUGUCAGAUAACGGUAGUCAUGUUGCCUCUACUCUCUCAGCAGGUAGCCUAGUGGUUAGAGUGGAGGGGCGGCAGGUAGCCUAGUGGUUAGAGUGGAGGAGCGGCAGGUAGCCUAGUGGUUAGAGUGGAGGGACGGCAGGUAGACUAGUGGUUAGAGUGGAGGGGCGGC